UUCUCUAUGGACUUUGGAUUUCGCCGACAGUAAUUUAUUGUUGUUUAUAACUAGCAUUGAUGAUUAAGUGCACGAACUUCAAGAGAAGUAAUUUGCUAAGUAAUUAAUGCCUUUUAUGAAUUGAAUUCUGAUUUUCAAAUAAUAAAUAUGAUUUUGUUGUAUGUGUGUGUGAUGUACGGCAUGUUAACGUGAACAAUUUUAUAGACGCCUUAAUGUUUUGAGGUUAUAAAUAUACUUUAUAUUUAUAUAUUUUUGGGUAUACAUUUUUAUAGUUUUUAUAAUGAGUAGUCCAACAUUUGGACAAACUUCUGUGAUAACAGCAUCUGUAGAGUUGAGUUCCUAUCGUGAUCAACAUUUUAAGGGCUCUCGCAGCGAACAAGAGCGGAAGCUGCGGACGUCUGCGACUCUCUAUGUCGGCAACCUCUCCUUCUACACCACCGAGGAGCAGAUCUACGAGUUGUUCUCGAAAUGUGGCGACGUGAAGAAAAUUGUGAUGGGGCUGGACAAGUACAAGAAGACACCGUGCGGCUUUUGUUUUGUAGAGUACUACACGAGAGUGGACGCAGAGGCCUGCAUGCGGUACAUCAACGGCACGCGUCUCGACGACCGCAUCAUCCGCACUGACUGGGACGCUGGCUUCAGCGAGGGCCGGCAGUAUGGCCGCGGCAAGACGGGUGGACAGGUGAGAGACGAGUACCGCACGGACUACGACGGCGGCCGCGGUGGCUACGGCAAGAUCAUCCAGCAGAAGGUGUCCACACCCAUCUCCGACAUCACUGCUUUCAACCGUGUCUGAGCACGGUCAGGUGCCGUUCGCCAGUUAAAGACGGUGCUCUCCUGCAUUGACGUUGGUGCUCGUGCCAGCUCGCAGUUCUCCAAUGUGCCGAGUGAAGUGACUCAAAAUAAUUUAUAUCGGUUUUCUGAGAUAUCAUGGUGUAAGCAUUAAAACAUGCCUGGUUGGCCAGACAUUGCAGAAGUUUCUAACUUGUGAUGGGGAAGAACUUUUAAUUGAGACGUCCUGCAGCCUUUGUGGAUUGUUUGAUUUUGUAUGACUACAGGCUGUAAAAUAUUGUAAUGAUGUGAAUGUCCAAUUAAAGUGUUUCAUUUUCUAGAGA